AUUUUGGGGCUAAGUUGUAAAGGCUGUGUGGGGGGGAGAGCUGCAGGAGGAAAACGCUGUGCGCUGGUUGUCCCUGAAACAAAUACAGAGUGACUUUCCCUAAUGUUUCUCUACCAUUGUAACUUUAUUAUGUACUAAUGGGGCCCAGGCUAUGGGCUGUUUUGGACAUUUAUGGCUGCUUAGGACCCACGACAGGAGGCUUAUGUCAGCCUCGCUUUUUACUUUUAUUGGAAUCAGCAACUCGAUUGACUCAAUGCUGCAGAUGAUGAAUACAUAUUGCGACAAGAUAGGGAAAAGAGUGUCUGCCUCUGGAUUCUGAGCUCUUUGGCACUGAGCCCUGUGGUAAUGGCGGAGGUCAGCCGGAGAUUGCUCAGCAUUUCCAGCCGACAACGUAUACCAGAAGCUUUACUUGGUAGAUGCAGCGGGGCAUCUGCUUUAUGCUUUAGCCCCUUGGUGUCCUAUAGUACAUCGAGCAAUUCAAACGACCUUAAAUUUAAGGUGGUUCCAUAUUGCAAUGGACUAUCAAGCCUUCCCUGCAGUAAGCACAGAGAAAGGAGAAUAUUGGCAGGAGACCAACUCAGAGGCAGAUGUUUAUUUGCAUGGCGGCCAGCGGAGUGUCCCAUAGGUAAUGUGGUUCAUCCUCGUUUCAUUACCUAUGGAACAAGCAGCAGAGCCUCAUAUAAAACCAAUGGAACUCAUCGCAAUGGCAAUAAUAAUCAUUCUCAAGAAGGCUCCCUGUUAUAUAAGAGCCGCACAGCGUAUUAUGACAUCCUUGGCGUAACUGGAAACGCCACCCAAACUCAGAUAAAGACUGCGUAUUAUAAGCAGUCCUUUCGCUACCACCCAGACCGUAAUUCUGGAAGUGAUGAGGCCACGGAUCGUUUUGGGGAGAUCAGUGAGGCCUACAGUGUGUUGGGGAGCGUCAGUCUAAGGAAGAAGUAUGACCGUGGCAUUUUGAGCUGGGAGGAUGUUCGCAAUGCUGGGAAGCCCAGUGGGAAAGCCAGUAGUCCCAGCAGGAAAGGGACUUCAGCCCAAAGGGAGUCGUCAAGUCGUGCCACUUCAAAAACCCCAUCCAAACCAAUGUUUGAUUUUGAUGAAUUCUACCAGGCUCAUUAUGGAGAACAGCUACAAAGGGAACAAUUCUGGCGGCAAAGACGAGAUCUCAUACAAAAGCAAAAGGGUCAGCCAGUUCGGGCUUGGUCAUUUCACAAGCUUGGAGAGAUGUCCGCUGUGUUGCUUUUGAUCUCAGCUGUGGUUCUUCUGGCAUCAUUUAAGUGACAGGAAAAAUACAUACAAAAAGCUUGUACCAAAUUUGAAGAAACCAUCCUUACUGACAGUAUUUUCAUCUUUUCAGUUUAUGCUUUAUUUCUACUACUACUUCUGCUAAUGGACAUUACAUAAAAUGCCACACAGCUUUAUCCCAUACACCAGAAAGGCAAAUUCCUGCCUUGAUACCUGACAAAGGUCUCUACAUUGUGACAUACCCUUAUCUAUGAGACUGGGUACAUAGGUUAAUGGGUAUAUGUGGCACAAAGUCUAUUUCUGGAGUGUUCAUAAUAUAUGUAAUAAUCUCUUCCUGUCUGACAUAUAGUUCUACACAUAAACCUUGCUUAGUAUGUGUUCUUUACAUGUUUGGACUGCUUUACCAUGUUCUUGAAAAUGUAGAUUUGAUUUUGGAGCUCCAAUAUAGAGUGAAUAUGUAGCUAUGGGAGCUGACGGUGGGCUGCAGAUAAGAAUGCAAUAGUUUAAGGACCCUCAAAGAAGGCAUGCUUUAGUGCCAGUGGGAAAUCUCAUCUCCGACUAUAAAGCACCCUGGAAAUACCUGCUUCUCUGGAAUCACUGUAUGUAUAACUGUUUACAUGCAGCGAUCAAUUGAAAAUUAAUUUGUCUGCUGUUUUAUCCCCGCGACAGAGCAUGGGAGACUAAACACCAAGUGGUUAUUGCCUUAAAUGUAGGGAUGCACCGAAUCCACUAUUUUGGAUUCGGCCGAACCCCCGAAUCCUUUGCGAAAGAUUUGGCCGAAUACCGAACCGAAUACCGGGUGGGAAGGAGAAAACAUUUUUCACUUUCUUGUUUUCUGACAAAAAGUCACACGAUAUGCAAAUUAGGAUUUGGUUCGGCCGGGCAGAAGGAUUCGGCCGAAUCCUGGAUUCGGUGCAUCCCUACUUAAAAGUAUAGCUUUGUAUUUACUUUUUGCUGCUACCUACAUACUUAUAAAAUUAUUGUUAUGAUAUCCCCAGGAUCAUGUUUACCCCCCAAAUACUCCAUUUUCAGAGGUACAGCUGCCUGUUUUAACAAGGAGCAUGGAAGUCAGAUUGUUACUGCUUUGCCUUGUGGAAAUGCUGAGAAGCCUGCCUUUCUAAACACUUCUUCAGUGUUUCUGGCAAUUUUAUCAAAUGUCAUCCUGAGGAAAGUAUCCCUUUAACUCCUAUGACUUUCUACACAGGCUUGAAAACUGUUAUUUUCUGUAAGAUGCUAGGACAGGUUCCCACAUAGUAAGCGUCAGGACAACAAAAGUCUCUAAAAAGAAAAAGUGGCUUUUAUUUCAACCAGCAGCAACAGGUACAGAAUAAAGUCAGUUUUUCUUUCCAAACAACAAAAAUAGCUUUUAGCAGCAGUCUUGGUUCAAUAAUAACAAAAAGACAGCCGUUUUACAGACCUUCCACGUGGGUGACUGUGUGUGUCCUUAGCGUCAGGAUCCCAGACUCUCUCUCUGUGUCUCUCCCAGUUAGAGCUUCUCGAAGACUGACCAGCCUGGGUUUUAAGGAUUACUGAUUAGCCACCGGAGGUUCAUUAAACCCAGCCGGUAAGCCUGUAGCCCCUCACUCUGCUACAGAUGUGUUUCAGUUUUUCCUAUGUUUCUAUGUUUAUUCUGCUCCAAAAAAAGUUUCACGUUCUCUCUAAACUUUUAGAUGCUACAUCUCAAUGGAACCAGAAAUUAAUUUCUAAUUAUCUAUGUAGCACAUGGAUUUUAUUGUUUUUAAGUUUCCCUCGUGUAUGUAUAUAUUAACAUAAUUGAUUAUAACUGAUGAACUAUCGAACUAGUAGAAGGGGGUAAAUAAAAUGCCAAUCAAAACUGCAACUUUUCUAUUGCAACGAUAUUACUUGCAAGGCCCUACCUUUAAAGAGUUGGUUAAAUAACAAAAUCCUACAGUUUACAUGGCCAUGUGCUUGUUUACAACACUGUGCCUAAGUAAGCUUAUAACUUGGAGGUGAUUAGUAUGGAACUGGCAUCCCUUAUGUUAUGGCUACAAACAUAGCAGAUAAUAGAUCCUUGGACUAUUUUAAGUUUGGUUAAUGGCUAUUAAUUCAGUGCUUAGUCGGUUUUUAGCAAACUAUGGCCAGAGUGGAUCGUUUUUUAAAACUUGAAAUUGAUAAGUUGGUUGCAGUGCUCAUCCGUUAUUAACGGAGAGAGGUUGAUAUAUUUCUCUUCAUUAGCUGCCCUUCUGUGCACACAGCACUUUAAAAUAUCAAGCCAAUAGUAAUGGAAUUAUAUAUAUAUAUAUACAUGUUAAUUUAUUCUUGGAAUAAAAAUCUGUGAUGGUUA